AUGCGCCGGCGGGGCCACUGUGCUCUGCCAUCCCGAAGGCGCCGGAGCCCCAGCAGCACGCCGGACCGGGGUCACGAGGUGGCGGAGUCGCGGGGACGCAGGAAAGUUUCCGUAGCGCCAGGCAGGCGGAGCGGGCCAAGCAGGCGGCGGGGCCGGGCAGGAGCGCACUCCGGCGGGCUCCGUGCCUCCGCCUGCGCCGCGGUGCUCUGGCAGCAGGGCUCCCCCAGGCCACCCGGCCGGCCCAGCCCCGCCAAUCGCAGGCCCCGCCACCCGCAGCUCCGCCCGCCCGGCAGGGACCGAGCGGAGGCGGGGAGGGGCGGGGCGGGGGCGCACCUGUUUGGCCAAUCGACCCCACUACAAACCACCUCGCCCCGGCCACACUGCCAGACUGAACAGGGCGAUCCCCUCUGCUCUCGGCACCGUCCGCCCAUUUCCCGCUUGGACCCGAUAGGAAGACUGAGAGGCCAAAAGGAGACAAAACCUUCUCGGUCGUGGUGGCGAGACGGCGACUUUUUCAAACUAAAGACUUUGCCGAUUUCCCAUAAAAUGCCCACCCUUCCUACUGGUGUCCAGCACUGGGAGGAGCCCCCCAGCAAUGCGAUCUGGUCCCCAGCACCGACAGAAUCUGGCACACUCCCGGGACUCAGGAGCUACUUUCCUGAAAGAAGGAAAAGUGAAAAUCCCGUAUCAGAUUAGCCAGAGGGUCAAGUAGAGGUCUUCAGAGCCUAGGCAAGAUGGGAUAGAUGGACGGGGUGGCUUCGCUAUCCUACAGAAACCCUCACCCAACACCUUCUGAUUGUAUGACCUUGGCAAGUCUUCUCAUCUCUCUGCCUGUUUCCUUUAUGCAUAAAAGGAGUCUGAGAAGCCCGAGAUAGCAUCUGAGAAAGGCUUUGUUAAAUAACAACAACAACAAAACAAAAACAAAAACCUGAGGGGCAUGCCCCAGUAACGAGAAAUGAAGAAAUUCAAAGAGGAAGAAGAUGGAGAUCUGCUCUCACAAAGCCACUAGCUCUUCUAAUUCAAGGGAGAAGGUGUGCCUUAGCUAAGCCCUGAUAAGGUACAGAUAGACUGUGUGGUACUAGCCCAGGGAGAGACCAAGAGGCUGGUGGUGGACCAGAACAAGGGCUGCCAAAAUAGACUCACACAUGUAUGGAAACCUGGUAUGCGGCAAGAGUGGUGCUACACGUCACUGGAAAAGGGUGGGCUUUUCUAUAAAGGAUGUUUUUUAGAGUAACUGGAUAUCCACAUUGCGGAAAAAAGAUACGAAAUCCCUACCUCACACCUUCCAUUAAAAAAAAAAAAAAAUUCCAGGUGGAUUAAAGACUUAAACACAAAGAACCUGUGUAAUAGGGGAAGAUUUUUUAAAGAUCGCAAAA